UUUCUCAUUCAUCUCUUCUCAAUUUACUCUCUGUUCAUAACAAUCUCUCCAAAUUUACAAAAAAAAUCAUCUUUUUAGCUCAAAGAAUCAAUUUUUAUAACACCCAAAAUCAAGAAAUGGCAGCUAAUUCAGUUAAUACAAUCUCAAUGCUUGAUUCCAACAUGGAAGUUGAUAAGCUCACAAAUGAAAUUUUCUCAAUUCUUGAAAACAAAUUCCUCUUCGGUUACGAUGACCCAAAAAAAUCUGUCACCGGAAUAGAGGACAAUUUGUCAGUUCAGUUCGCCGGUAACAAGAAUGUCGGCGCCGGAAAAGUCAGAAUUUUGUCAAUUGAUGCUGGUGGGUCUACUGAUGGUGUCCUUGCAGCAAAAUCUUUAACCCAUUUGGAAUCUACCCUUCGUCAGAAAUCUGGAAAAUCUGAUGCCCACAUAGCUGAUUUCUUCGAUGUCGUCGCCGGCUCCGGCACCGGCGGUGUUCUCGCCGGUCUUCUUUUCACACGUGGGGCUGAUGGGGUUCCUAUGUUUACAGCUGAGGAAGCUCUGAAAUUCAUCGUUGAGAAUGGUGAGAAAAUUUGCCGGAGUUCCAAGACUGGAUUUUUCCGGCAAGUUUCCCGGCCGGCGAAGGUGUUUAAAAAAGUGUUCGGAGAUUUAACGUUAAAAGAUACGAUGAAAGCGGUUUUGAUCCCCUGCUACGACCUGAAGACAGGUGCACCGUUCGUUUUUUCCCGCGCUGAUGCAUGGGAAAUGGACGGCUGUGAUUUCUCCAUGUCGGAUGUGUGUGGGGCCACGAUGGCUGAUCGUGCGGUUGAUUUGAAGUCAAUUGAUGGUCGUUCGAAGAUCACAGCCGUUGGUGGUGGAAUAGCGAUGACUAAUCCAACGGCUGCGGCGAUUACACAUGUCCUUAAUAACAAGCAAGAGUUUCCAUUUGCUAAUGGAGUUGAAGAUUUAUUGGUUGUUUCAUUGGGUAAUGGAGAUUCAGAUUCCGGCACCGGAAAUGUCAUGUCAUCACCGGCGGCGUUCGUUAAGAUUGCCGGAGAUGGAACCGCCGAUAUGGUAGAUCAAGCUGUAUCAAUGGCAUUUGGACAAACAAGGAACAAUAACUAUGUAAGAAUUCAAGGAAAUGGUAUUGUUGGGAAAAAAUACCAAUUAAUUAAAGAUGAAAAUAUGAACAAAUGUGAAAAAAUGAAGAAAAUGGUGGUAAUUGCUGAGGAAAUGUUAGGGCAAAAAAAUGUUGAAUGUGUAUUAUUUCAAGGAAAGAAAUUGGUUGAAAAUUCAAAUUUGGACAAAUUGAAGACAGUCGCAAGUGAAUUGAUCAAAGAACAAGAAAGGAGAAAAACGAGCAUUUUGCCUCCCGUGGUUUUGAAACAUGCAUCACCAUCCCCUAGAACAUCGUCCGCGACAACUUUGUCCUGCGAUUCAUCGUGUUAAAUUCAAAAGGAUCAGUAAUUAUCUGAUGAAAUAGUUAAGGUGUGUGCAUACUAGUCUGAAAAAAGAAAAGGACUAGUGAUUAGUAGGGUAGGGAAAUGGAAGUUGAGUUUAGUUGAGUCGAGUUUGGGUUGAGAUAAAUUAGACUUGAAAUAUGGGCGCGAAGCCACUUGUGAUGAACUCAAAUGUAACGAGCGAGUUCGAUCAAGCUGAGCUCUACUAAAAUAGCCCAACAAUUUUUUUGUUUAUCCUUUUUUUUUACUUUUGUUUUGAUUCUUGGGUUGGUUUGUAGUUGAAAUGUAUAUUUAGGAAUGCAUCUUGAUGAUGAAUGUUUAUAUGUAUGUAUAUGCUUCUAGUAAUAUGAAUGGAUUGCUCAUUCGAGAAAUGAGAAAGAUUUGUUAAGUAAAA